AUGGCACCAGGUUCGACGCCGAGGGCGUCUUCAGCCGGAUUUGUAAGUCGGCAUGCUUUCUUUGCUGCCCCUCAUCGGCCGGCGGCGGUCCUACUCACAAUAGCACAACCACAGUUCAACGAUGGACGCGAAGAAGCCCUGCACUCCUAUAUCUUCGCAAGACCCGAUGUCGAGAGUAAGCUCCGCAACAGCCCGCAGGCGAUCAUCCAAGCCAUCGAAGAAUUCACCCAAAAACAGCGCAUGAUCAUUUACUCGGCGGUCAAGAUCGAGAAAUCACGAAGUCUCCUCGCGUCGAUGCCAUCGCCGCCGAAAACCCUCCUCGAGGCUGGUACGUACAUCGGCAACUCGGCGAUCGCGUGGGGCGACAUCCUGCGUUCUCUCAACGGCGGCAGCGCCGAGGGCGUCAAGGUCUACACCUUCGAGCUCGACGAAAACUUUGUCAAGAUCGCCCGUGACCUUGUGCAAUUGGCGGGCCUUCAGGAUAUCGUGACCGUCAUGCAAGGUAAAUCGACGGACUUGAUCCGGAAACUUCAAGAGGAGUCGGCCAUUGCGCAGGUCGAUGUCUUGUUCCUCGAUCACUGGGAGGAGGCAUACUUGCCGGAUCUACAGCUUUGUGAGGAGCUGGCCCUGUUUCGCAAGGGUUCGGUCGUGCUUGCUGACAAUACGGAUUAUCCUGGGGCGCCACAGUAUCUGGCCUAUGUCAAGGCUGGCGGACAGGGUGGGGAGGGGCAUGUCAAGUAUGAGAGUGUUAGUCACGACACGAAAUCGAAGAAAGGAGUACCAGUGAGUCAAGAGUUCUCUUUCUCGGUCCAGAUGGAAGCAUGGAGCUGA